GUGAGCGUAAGUGUUUUUUAUGAGGCAUACUAACACGAAAGAGGAAAGAGUUCAAGCUAGAAAAUAUUUCCUUUGCCCCGUGAUUAGGUCAUUACAUAUCAAACCUGUAAUAAGCAUCAUAUUGUAGUGGAUCUCCCGCCUAAAAGCUGUCGUAUGUCGUUGUGUGUUACAGCUGGUCGAUUGUUGAAACUAGUGAUGAAUUGAUUGUCCGCUUUACUUGAUUGUAAUUGUGAAGACCUAAUACAAAAAACGUUUUCUAACCGAAAAUUCCUUUUAUAGGGUCGUAUGCCUCAAAGAGAAACUGUUGCAGUGACCUCCUCAAUCUCCCAAAUGUUGGGGAAAUUCCCAAAGUCGAAUGCCCUUCAUCAAGGUUCAAGGGAAAUAUUGAUGUUUUGGUGCUAUUUCCUCAAAAUUUUGUAUAGUAGCUUCCCUAAAAUGGGUCAAAUUUUUCCCAAAAUCGGGAGAUUGGAUUGGCUUUAUUUGGACUGACAAAUGGUCAUUUCAAAAUCCUAAAACCUUAGCAAAACAGGUAGAAACAAACCAAAAGAAACCAAACGACCCAUAUAAGCUUAGAACAACUCGUAGGGUGUCAGAUCAUGUUCGUGCUAUUUGCCUUCCGCACUACUGUUAAGUUCUCAAGAGUUACUGUUUGGAUAUCUGUUUCCAUUGAUCAAGUACUCGGUAACCAUCAGCAAAUUAUGAAACAGUUGUUUCCUCAUCCAUUUAUAUGUUAAGGACUGGAGACUACGUAGGCAUCCAUUUUUUGUUUAGUGAUAACAGAAGACUAAACGGCUUAUGUUAGUUUUGCCCAGAUGGUCGGUCAUCAUUCUCAUCUGACAAUUAUACGCUCCUCCAAAGUCCUUCAGUUUAAAUCAGCACAGCAAAAAAACCAGCUAGAUCAAAAGCAAAAGAAACGGAAGUUAGGUUUUAUUAUUAGCCUUGUUAAGUCAUAGUAUGUGCAUACAGCGUUGAAACCACUUAGAAGGUGUAUCACAUUAUAAUCUUGUCAUAUAAUCAGAUCUCUUUGAAUACAACAAUAUCUGCAUGUCCUUAAUAUUACACGAGUCUUUUAUCUCGUGAUGCCUUUUUAAUGAAGAAAUCAAACGAUGCUACUGUUAUUGUGUGCUUGGAUAUAUCACUUAUAACUCAGUAUUACUCCAUAAACUAUUUUAGAUUUAAUGCACUGACUAUUAACAUGUCCCAGAUAUCAGUUCGUGUACAAACCUAUCUGGUUUUGGGUGUUAUAAUAGCAUGCUUCUCAAUACUGUAUCCCAAAAUCUUCCAUCCGAUGCUUCUUCAUCUACUGGGUUUUACAAAAAAUAGGCACACAGAAGAGCAUACCAGGUUUGAAAACCUCCGGUUAAAUGGUCAUCACGCACAAAAACCUAUCAGAGCUUCAGAAGGGAUUGUUCAACAGGAUCAAGGGAAAAGAGGUGGAAUUAUGUCGAUCGUUUUGCCUGUUUAUGCUGUUGGUAUAGUGUUAUAUUUGUUUUACACACUUUCAAAGAUAUUUUCGUCAAAACGCCGGAAAAAUACUGAUAAAAAAGAGGAGUUUCUACGACAAUACUAUCGUGAUUUCCAUUAUGAUGUUGAUCGGGGUAAAUUUCGCAUGGGUCAUGACUCGUCCGAUGAUGACGAUGACACCGCUGAAACAGACACAUUUGGAAAUCCAAAUUUAAAUUUUCUUAGUUCUAGAAAAUCAUCUGAAGAUUCAAACCGCAAACCAUUUGAAUGGGGUUCCGUUUUCAAGGGUUCUUACCCAGAUAUUUAUCGCUCGGCUAAAAGUUUACCCAAAGAUUUGGGAAAAUUGCUUAUGAGGAUGGAACGCCAAGAUUUGGAUACGGAAGAGUUGUCGCGUCUUCGUGUUAGACUCGAGCAAACUGAACAUGAAAUGACACGCAUACUACAAGCAAUGCAAUCUGCAGAAGAUGCUCUACGUGGUUCAAUUGAAGAACAAGAGAUAGAUGAAAGAAUUUUCACUACCAUAUCUGACAGGGAACAGUCUGGAGUAAAUUUGAAUGAAUAUGAAGAUACGACAAGUGAAGUGUUAGACAAAGAAAUCACUGAGGAAAAUGAAUCAGAACGCGAUUUUAAUAUCUCACAGUCAAAGGAGAAUUUAGAAAUACCCUAUGAAGAGGUGACGACAUUUGACGACCAUAACAAAGGUGAUGUAACUGAAUCAUGCAUUCGCCGUCGUUUGGUUACAUCUAAUUGAUUUCGGUCUCGAGCCGUCAUCAUGAUUUGAACACUGAGACUAAUCACCAUGAAUUACAUAAUAAUCUCGUCACAACAAUUAGUAACAAUUCAAACACUUCUGUAUACGAUUCUGAUAAUUUUAUUCAUAACGACCUCUGUGUUUCUAGUUACUUUUGCAUUUAUCUUCGUUUUUGUCACUUCGUAUAUUGUUGUAGUGAGCAAAAUAAGUUUUUUUUCUUUUUUUAAUUUUCUAUAUUCCUCAAAAUAUUCCUUGGUAGAGUUGCAUUUUUGUCAUUUUUCUCUUGACUGACCAACAAUAUGUGAUAAGCAAUAUUUGAAUUAUAAUAUGGUCUUAUUUGUAUGAGAUAAUUGUGUUUAUCCGUUUGAUGAGUGUGAUGCAUAAUUAUUGUACGCUAGAAAAUACAUUCAACCUACAAAGUGCGCAACUUUUGAAUCUUCAGUAACUCUUUAAAAAAAGUUCUUAUACCG